CCCCGCCCCGCACGGGAGGGCGCAGUACACCUCUCUCUCUCUCUCUCUCUCUCUCUCUCUCUGCCCCGCCGUGUACGCACACGCGGGUCACCGGGUGUACUACACCGUCUCUCCCCCUCUCGUCGCGUCGUACUGCACGACGCAGUCCCUAGCCUAUAUAGGCAGCCGCAGCAGCACAUCCCGUCCCGUCCCCGAUCGACGCGCGCAGCACAGCGCCGCCCCGCACGCCAGUCACCUCUCACGCAACCACACUGUGAGCACACAACACGCGCGCCAAGGCGGGGGACGGGCAUGGACAUGGGAGGAGGAGGAGGAGGGCACGGCGGCAUGGGCGGCAUGCCGAUGCCCAUGGCGCCGCCGCCGUCCCCGCCGGGCGGCGGCGGCAUGCGGAUGCGGAUGCGGUACACCCACAUGACCUUCUUCUGGGGCAAGGACUCGGAGAUCCUCUUCGCGGGGUGGCCCGGCGCGCGCGGCGGCAUGUACGCGCUGGCGCUCGUCGCCGUCUUCGCGCUCGCGUUCCUCCUCGAGUUCCUGGGCUCCCGCGGCCUGGACGCCGCCGCGCUCCUGCUCCCCAGAGCCGGGGACGGGAGGGACGGGCGGGGCGUGCGCGUGGCGGCGGGGGUUGCGCGCGCCGCGGUGCACGCGCUGCGCGUGGGCGUCGCGUACCUGCUCAUGCUGGCGCUCAUGUCCUUCAACGGCGGCGUGCUCCUCGUCGCCGUCGCGGGCCACGCCGCGGGGUUCCUCGCCUUCAGGGCCGGCCUGUUCGGCGACCGCCGGGCACAGGUGGAGGACGCCGGCAAGGAGCAGCUCGCGUGCUGCUAGGCUUGUCGCCGGCGCCCCGGCGGUGCCGAUGAUGAUCAGAUGGGUGGGUUUGUGUAAACGUUGCAUCGUUCGGACGUGUUGAAUGGAGUAAUUCAGUUCGUGUGUGCGGGCGUUCGAUUGACUGAAUGCAUAGUGCUGUUUGGUUGGAUUGAAUCAAGAUUCGUGGUGAUCGGCAUACAGUUGUAAACACUUGAAUCUGGAAGGUUAUAAUUUCGGUCAUAAGCUGUGAAAUUUCUUGCCUGUAUAUCUUUCUACCUUAUUAACACGCCAUACUCGAUA